UUUUUUUUUUUUCAAGUGUCGCGAUAUUGCCAUCAAAUUGAGAACUAUCAAUGACUAUGCGCUCAACCCGAAUCAGCACUUGAAGCACACGAACAACAGCCACAACUACAACAUUAAGCUAAAUAAGCUGCACAGCAGCAGCAGCAAUAUUAGUCACAGCACCAACAACAACAACAGCAACAACAUCAACAACAACAACAGCCACAACAACAACAACAAUAUUAAGAGCAAAAGCAAUCACAAUCUGAGCAGAAUGCAUGCCCAUCAGCUGGACUCGUACUUGGCGGGCAUGCCCAUCGGCCUGAACAUGCCCGGGCCAAUGCAUCCGGGUUCGAUUUCUGGCAACGAAAGACCCAACGGAGGCGCACUGGCAUUGCAUUAUGCGGCGGCAAGGGGCUGCCUGGACUGCGUUCAGCUGCUGGUAGCCGCAUCUGUAGACAUUUGCUACUUUUCGACCAUCAACGUUAAGAAGGGCCUGCUGGGCCGUAUGACCACAAGUCUGACCUCGUACCGCCGCAGCAAGCAGAAGAGCAAGUCCAACAAUGACAUACACACCAUCAUCUCCACGGAAGUGAACUGCGUUACGACUGCCAUACUCAGUCACAGCAAGAGCAAGAGCAACAGCAGCAGCAGCAGUAGCAGCAGCAGCAGCGGCAGCGGCAGCCACCUCAACUGUCACGAUCCUGAUGCCGAGCCGGGGCCGGACACAGCGAACGCACACAGCUCCAACCAAAGUCCGGGCCAGAAGCACAGCGGCCAUCCGGAGGACAGCAAGCUUGGUGAGAAUCUGAGCAGUCUCAGCGAGCGCAUGAUGGAGGCGCACCAGCGCAAGGUCUCCGGCAACGGCGACUCCAAUGACGACGAGGCCACGCCCAUUCUAGUGGCGGGCGCUGGCCAGGGUCGCAAGGAGCAGAACAAUCGACGCAGCGUCGUGAGCGCCAAUACGCAAAUGGACAAUGAUGUCACGCCCGUUUAUCUGGCCGCCCAGGAGGGGCAUUUGGAGGUGCUCAAGUUUCUGGUGCUUGAAGCUGGCGGCUCGCUCUAUGUGCGCGCACGCGACGGAAUGGCACCGAUCCAUGCCGCUUCACAAAUGGGCUGCUUGGAUUGCCUCAAAUGGAUGGUCCAGGAUCAGGGCGUGGAUCCGAAUUUGCGCGAUGGUGACGGUGCCACGCCACUGCAUUUUGCCGCCUCGCGUGGCCAUCUGUCGGUGGUGCGGUGGCUGCUCAACCACGGCGCCAAAUUGUCACUGGAUAAAUAUGGCAAAUCGCCGAUCAACGAUGCGGCCGAGAAUCAGCAGGUGGAGUGUCUCAACGUGCUCGUGCAGCACGGCACCACCGUCGACUACAACAACAAGAACAACACACAGCGCCACAAGUCGCAGCACCAACAUCAGCAUCAGCAGCAACAGCAGCAGCAACAGUUGCAGCACAUGAGCAGCAGCUGCAACUCGAACACGAAUUCGAGCAAGCAGACGAGCCGCAGCAACACAAUCAAGUCAAAGUCCUCAUCCACGCUCAGCUCCGAUGUGGAGCCCUUCUACUUGCAUCCGCCAGCUGUGACGGCAGCAGCUGCCGCAGCGGGCGUCGGCCUGGGCGUCGGCAUCACGCGCAAGAACAGCGACGCCCUGUACUCGCAGCAGUCACGCAGCUCCUCGGAGAAGCUCUACGGCUGCAAUGGGGCAGCGGGCGGGGCUGGUGGUGCUGGCGGCAGCUCGAGCGCCGGCGGCGCACUGCUGCCCAACGAUGGGCUCUAUGUGAACCCGAUGCGCAAUGGGGGCAUGUAUGCCACGCCCUCGCCGAACGGCAGCAUCUCGGGCGAGUCGUUCUUCCUGCACGAUCCGCAGGAGAUCAUCUACAAUCGGGUGCGCGAUCUGUUCGUCGACUCGGACUGCAGCAGCGUGAAGCAGCACCAGAUGCCGCAUCCAUUGCACUCGCUGCAAUCGAAGGCCGGCAAUGCGAUCAUGACUAUCCAGGCCGAUGUCCACUCCAGCUCGAGUGGCGCCGGCAGCGGCUCCGACGAGUCCGUCUCCAUCGCGUCCAGCUUCAACUCGCCAAAGAGCAGCAGUCAUCAUCACAGUCACAAUCAUCUCCAGCAUCAGCAUCAGCAGCAGCAGCAGCAGCAGCAUCAGCUGCGCAGCCAGAGCUUCAAUAGGCAUGGCAGCAGCGGCAACAUCAGCACCAGCAGCAAUCUAAAGAACAACAACAACAACAAUAACAGCAGCAGCAACAGCGGCAAUAACAACAGCAACUACAAGCAGCACAAGACCAGCAGCAGCAACAUCAGCACCAAUGGCAAUCAGAAUGGCGAUCACGACUACGAGGAUAUAUAUUUGGUGCGCGAGGAGUCACGCAAGCAACAUCAGCACCAGCAUCAGCUGCAGCAGCAACAGCAACAGCAGCAGCAGCAGCAGCAACAACAGCAGCAACAGCUGCAGCACAAAUACAGCGUGGGCAGAUCGCGUUCCCGUGACAGUGGCUCCCAUUCGCGUUCGGCCAGCGCCAGCUCCACGCGCAGCACCGAUAUUGUGCUGCAGUACAGCAAUCAUCACUUGAACAACAAGCGCAGCAAUUACAACAACAGCAGCAACAACAAUAAUAAUAACAGCAACAACAACAACACUAACAACAGCAACAACAACAACGGCAACAUGAGCGUAUUGAAUCGCAACAAGUCGCAUUCGAUGAUUGGCCUGCACAGCAGUAAAUACGAUUCGAGCCUGAAGGAUAGCUACAGCGCCAAGAACGUGAAUCUGAAUCUGAAGAAUCAGCUGCUCAAUGGCGGCAUCAAGAGCGACACCUACGAGAGUGUCUGCCCGCCCGAGGAUGUGGCCGAGCGCACCAAGCAGACGCACAAGAACUCCAUGAUACGCAACAAUCUGGCGGACGCUGGCCUGCUCAGCAGCAAUCCCAAUAUAUCAAUGCACAGCAAUAACCACAGUCACAACAACAACAACAACAACAGCAGCAGCAGCAAUGGCAACAUCAACAUGAUCAGCAACACCAACAGCGGCAGCAGCAACAGCAUCAAUCAAAAUGGCGCCAACAACGGCAACAGCAACAACAACAACAUCAAUAGAAACUUGAAACGUGUCUCCUCGGCGCCGCCCAUGCAGAAUCUGGCCGUGGUCAAUGGACCACCGCCGCCGCCUUUGCCGCCUCCACUGCGUGCGCCUGUGCAACGGAACAACUUGAACGCGGAGCACUCUGGCAACAACCACAACAACAGUUCGAGCAACAACUCGAACAACAAUUCGAACAACAGCUCCAACAACAACUCAAACAACAGCAUCUAUAAGAAGAAUCACUUUGGCCUCGCAUCGCCAGCGGCAAAUGCUCAAACCACGCCCACAAAUGCCGCCUCAAGUGGUGCACAUGAAGCCGUCGACUCGGACUCGGGCCUGGAGGUUGUCGAGGAGCCCAGCCUGCGUCCCUCGGAGCUGGUGCGUGGCAAUCACAAUCGCACCAUGUCCACCAUAUCCGCGAACAAGAAAGCCAAGCUCCUCAACGGCAACGGCAACAGCAACGGUACUAUUGGCGCCUCUGCUGGUGCAACAACAGCAGCAGCUGUUGCCGCCGCCGCCGCUGGCAAUGGUGAGCCGCACUACCAGCAUGCCUCGAAUGGCAGCAUCUAUGGCUACGCGGAGGGCCCUGGCGGCAAGCAGCGCAGCGGCGCCAGCAGCAGCAGCAGCUACCAGCCCUCGCACUAUCACCAGCAGCAACACCAGCAGCAGCAKCAGCAACAGCAACAGCAACAGCAGCAGCAGCAGCAAUCCAUUUAUUCGCCCAGCAUCUAUGGCGUGGGUUCAUCUGCGGAGGAUCACUAUGAGCUGCAGCAGUCGCAGUAUGGCGGCAGCUACAAUGGCGAGGGCGCUGCCGUGCGUUCAGGUGGCCCCAAUUUGGUCAACAAGCAGCUGGUGCUGCCGUUUGUGCCGCCCAGUUUUCCCAACAAAUCACAAGACGGCGUCACGCAUCUCAUCAAGCCGUCCGAGUAUCUGAAGAGCAUCAGCGAUAAGCGUUCGUGUCCAUCCUCGGCCCGCUCCACGGAUACGGAGGACUACAUGCAAAUCCAGAUCGCCCAGCAGCAGCAGCAGCAUCAUCACCAUCACCAGCAUCCGCACCAGCACCAGCAUCAGCAUCAUUCGCAUGCCUUGGGCGUAGGUGAGCAGCCGCCGUUGCCACCGCCGCCGCCACCAUUGCCGCACAUGAUGCCGCCGCCCAUGCCGAUGCUGCUCUCGCCGCUGGCUGGCGAUGCCACCAGCAAGUCACAGAAGCCCAAGAAGCCGCACGGCUCGACGCCGCCCAGCAGCCAGGAUACGGCCACGCGCAAGCAGCACCAGCCGCUGUCCGCCAUUUCCAUACAGGAUCUGAACAGCGUACAGUUGCGCCGCACGGAUACGCAGAAGGUGCCGAAACCCUAUCAGAUGCCCGCACGGAGUCUCAGUAUGCAGUGCCUGACUACCAGUACGGAUACAUACUUGAAAACCGAUCUGAUCGCUGAGCUGAAGAUCUCCAAGGACAUACCCGGCAUCAAGAAGAUGAAGGUGGAGCAGCAGAUGGCCAAUCGCAUCGACUCGGAGCAUUAUAUGGAGAUAACCAAGCAGUUCACUGCCAACAACUAUGUGGACCAGAUACCAGAAAAGGAUCAGGCUGGCAACGUCAUACCCGACUGGAAGCGCCAGAUGAUGGCCAAGAAGGCGGCCGAGCGCGCCAAGAAGGACUUCGAGGACCGCAUGGCCCAGGAGGCCGAAUCGCGCCGCCUCUCACAGAUACCGCAAUGGAAACGCGAUCUGCUGGCGCGUCGUGAAGAAACUGAAAACAAAUUGAAAGCGGCCAUCUACACGCCCAAGGUGGAGGAGAAUAACCGUGUCGCGGACACCUGGCGCCUCAAGAACCGCGCCAUGUCCAUCGACAACAUCAAUCUGGCCAGCUGCAAUGUGGAGCACUACUACCAGCAGGUGCAGGUGAUGCCGACGCCAGCUAGUGCCCAGUUCAACAAGGAGAACCAUAGCGAUGGCGCCACUGCUGGCAAAGCCAACGAUUCAGAGCAACAGCAGCAACAACAACAGCAACAACAGCAACAGCAACAGCAACAACAGCAGAUGAAGCAGGAUGCACUUGAUCAAAACGAUGACGAUCAGGACGACAGCGACAACAUCAUUCCAUGGCGGGCACAGUUGCGCAAGACCAACAGUCGCCUGAGCUUGAUCUAAGCUGCAGCCGAAUACGCGUUUAAGUCUCUUGUAGUGCAUUUUUUUUUUCAAAUCAUCAAAUUUUUUUUUUGUUUUUUUUUUUUU